AUGUCCGGCGUCUCUGUUGCACCUGCUGCCAAUGCUCACUGUGCUGUUCGCUCGCAACAGACCAAGCGCGAUGCUGCUGCCCGACUUGCUGUUCGUAGUCACCUGCCGUCUGCUGAGCGCGCGCACUUUGGCCAAUACAAGACCGCUAGGACUCUGUACGACGCUGUUGUUGCGCGCUACUCUUCCCCUGCCACUGCUGCCCUUAGCCGCCUCACGCUGUCGUACCUGGACCACUUCCUCUCCCUUUGCCCCACCACGCUCACCGUUGACCUCCUUGAGGAGCGCCUCCUUGCAGCUGACAAGAGUAUAAUCGCUGUAGGAGCCUCUCGUGGUGACCCUCGUGCCCCUUUCUUUGAGGGGUGCUCCCUCGUUCCCCUUUUGCCUUCUGUUGCCUCUGCUGCUGCUGUCGACCUCGUUGGCAACGAGUCGGUCGACGCUGCGUCUGCUCCUAGUGGGAGGCGCCACAGCGGCAAGAGCAAGGGGGGAGGUGGGGGUGGUGGCGGAGUGGGGGCUUCGGUAGCGGAGUCGGGGGUUGCUGUCUUUGAUCUUGAUUAUGAUGCUAUCCUUGCUGCUAUGUAUGCUGUGUCUAUUAGUGCUGAGGGUGACUGUUACCUGUGUGUUCCGCCCGACCCGGGCAUUGAGGCUGCUGCUCUAGGUGCUGGUCAGUCUGCUGCCCCAGGUACUGUCGGCCAGUGGCAGUCUCUCUGGCUGACCCCUCCGGGGGUCCGGUCCUUGCACACUCCUCCACGGUCCUGCCGUGUCCGGCGGUCCCGUCUGGCUCUCUGUCUGGCCUCCACCUCCCCUCAUUCUCCACGACCUUG